AUUUGCUCGUCUUUGUUGCCGUUUCUUUAUUAAUUAAUAACUAUAUCUAUAUUUUUGCGUCUGUGCGUAGUAAACGCCUCGAAUUCCUCGUGAAUAACCUCUCGGGCGCUAGGAGCCAACAUUACCGCAAGCUAACGCUGUUAGCAGUAACCGUGCCCACCUUCAGCCUGGGAAGGCAAAUUAAGGCCAAUUCACGUUCUAAUUCACUUCGUUAUGAUUCAGUCCAUAUCGGGUAAUACAUGGAUCAAAACUAAGUAUUGCUAAAUAUCUCUAUAGUUUAAACAUAAUGCCAUCUAAUCAAGUAUUCAUACACUGACGUACGAUACACUAGUGGCACCGGUUCUUAGGUAGAGAUGUUCAUAUCCAUUCAAGUUAGUCCGUGUUCAUAGUGUGUGCAUAUAUUCAUUUAUGUGUGAGUGUGCGAACCUUUUUGAUGUUGUAAACACGGGUCAGCAUCCCGAUGCCCCUGUCGUUGAGGAUGGUGAGCUUUUCGGCCAGCUUCUGCUGGCUGGGCUGGAUCACUCCCCGAGACAUCUUGAAGCGCCUCGAUGAAAUCCUCCCAAAAAUCAGUCGAGAAAGAAAAGCAGUGCUAUAAAAUCACAAACGUCCGCAAUCUCGGCUGCUCGAUUUGUGGCGUUUGUGAGAGAAUCAGAUUUGGGCCAUGAUCAGAUAGCCGAGGACAGCAGCAGCUUCCUGUACUCCACCCACCGUCGCUCCAGCCGCUCGCCGUGUUUUUUUUUCUCGGUCACUAGGAUGAGAGAGGAGGCGUCCUCGUUUCCACAUCGUGAUGCAUUCAUGGUCAGUGCGCAUCAUUGGGCCUCAUUAGUGUUUGCAUCACAAGCCAUCACGACCCAUGAUUGUACUGGUCCAGUGUUUCCUACAUCGAGGCAAUUCUGUAUCCCCCCAUUGUUGAACUGUAUAUAUGAUUGGUAGAUUCAUGAUGUCACCAAAAUAAUACGAGUACGCACGGAAAAGUCAGCCAAAAUAUGUUCACAAAGAUUCAUUAACAGUUAUAGAAGACGCUUGUUUUCAAUUGUUACUGCUGAGGAUGGCCCAAACAUCGAUUAUGUUUAGAGGAAAUUCAUUUUGCAAAGAGGACCAAUUACUGUAGCUUUAACCCACCUACCCCCAAAUACAAAACCAAAUGGGAAUUUGAGAUUUGUUACAGCAAACACAAUUAAAACCAAAGGGCAGAAUUAGGGAGGAAAUACUUUUACAUCUAAUUAAAUCAAGUAAGAUGUUACAAGUUUACGUUUGAUAGGUAAAAAUAUAUGCGUGAUUUGAUUUAGUUACAGUAAUACUAAUAUUAAGAGUACAAAGUCGAGGGGGAAAAUGUUCUCCCAAUUGAUUUUCUUCAUUCCUACUUUUGUUUAGGACUCUGAACGCUUCAUUCUCCUACGUACUUCCGGUUCUUCUGUCAGUGUGUAAAUGCUAAAUGCUGCGUAUUUUGCUACUUAGUGUUUAUUUUUCUCUUUAAGUCCUAACAGCACCUGCUGAAAUGGAAAAUCAAGGCUUGGAACAGAGAUUAUAGCACUGCUUUGAUGGAAGUCAUACCAAUAAAAUCCUUGUGUACACUGUAGCCCUGUUUAACUCCCGUUAUGUAUUCACUGUCCGGGGAAAUCCAGGGCUUCUCCAAAAGCCGCCUUAGAAAACAGUGCACUCGCGUUACCACAGUGACGGGCAGGAAGUUGUUGGAGAGGAGCACCGAUGGAGGACUACAAGUGGAGGAGCUGGAGGAGGGAAAUGGAUGUGGAUUUGUAGAAGAUAAAAGCCUUGACCUUCAAGUUGGAAUGGUCCGACCUUACUUAUUGUUGGGCUCUCAGGAUGCGGCCCACGACAUGAACACCUUGCAGAUAUAUCAGGUGUCCCACGUGCUCAACGUAGCUUACGGCGUAGCCAACCCGUUCCCUGAUCGGUUCGUCUACAAGACUGUCCAGAUUCUGGACCUCCCAGACACAGACAUCACUUCCUAUGUGGAGGAGUGCGGCACCUUUAUAGAUCAGGCUCGGAGACAGAAUGGCGUGGUUCUGGUCCACUGUAACGCCGGUGUCUCACGCUCCUCUUCCGUGGUCACGGCGUACCUGAUGUGGCAUGAGGGGCUCCCGUUUGACAAGGCAUACCAACAGGUGAAGCUGGCGAGGCCUUCCAGCCGACCCAACCCGGGGUUUCUCCACCAGCUGCAGCAUUAUAGGCUAUGAGCAUCAUGUUCAAUUUUAACUUCAUACAGUUUUAUUUUUAUAUUGUCAGUUCACAACAGAAGCCAUCUGAAGUUAUUUCUGUAUGGAGCAAAUUGAGACGCGCGCUCCUCAUACAUUAGGAGAUCAGUGUAAGGAAAGAACUAGGCCACAGAGCAGAGGAAGAACUCCCUUUCAGAAAGAAACCGUCAAGAAACCAAGUCAAGUCAAAGAUGAGACUUGAGAUUCUCAAACAUUUUAGGUUCAGACGGAAGUUUUCUUAGGACCCCUUUCAUUAUCCCAGUGCGAGUGAAUCAUUAACCUGUGGACUCUAGAAGACGAUAGACAAUACAAAGCUGCUCUAAAAAAAACAAGUAUGCCACAGCUCAGUAGUAGAGUAUGUAGUUGUCUCCCACCCUGAAGGUUGUAGGUUCGAUACCCUGCCCUUGUGACCAUGACGAAGUAAGAUCGGUAACCCCACAUUUCUACUUAUGCUGCAUCAUUAAUAAGUGAUUGAGUCACAGCGCUUUGAAAAACAGCUAAACAAUUGAAAGCCUGUUUUCCAUUUAAACACUUUUUUUUGUUUAAAAAAAAAAAGAAAAAAUCUUUAAAUUUAUGAAGGAUAAAAGUUGGUGUGAGAAUACAGACUGAUAAUUGAUUUUUUAAAGGGCAAGUGAAGAGCUUUUCGGAUUUUGGUGUAAUUAUACGAAUAAUAACUUUGUACGAGUUCGUGGAAACAACCAUGUCAUUUCUAACGUGUAACUGCGAGGAUAGUUUGCUUUUUCCAAGUUUUUUAGCACUCCGUCAAUACUGCAUUCCCAAACCUGGAAGUGUGACGUAAAUUCCCGAACGCAACAUAAGACUAUCAACAGCGAGCAUAAUAGCAGCAACGAUAUCAGUGAUAUUUCCACCAUAAGUAACCAUUUAGGAUCGCUCUUUUGUGACGCUAAAGAUGGCAAAGGCUCCCAGGAAAGAUUAUCUACAAUUAAUCCCUACAUGUUUGAACCUGAGGCAUCAGAUGACGACAAUUUACUUGGCACAGUAGAUGUUGGUAAUGACGCUGGUUGGCAGCUUGACACUUCACGUAAGGAAGAGUGGUAGGCCUAUGUCUAGCAUCGUGAUUUCUCUAUGAGCCUUUCUUUCCCCAGUCAUUCUGUGAUAUAAUUAUCAGUAAUUGAUAACAGACGAGUAGUUUUAUACAUCUAGUAAUAAAUGUAUCAAAUUAACAUGAAUAGACAAUCUGUCAGCUGUCUUAUGACAGGCAAGCAACUAAACAAAAAACACAAGUCGUAGUUCAACAAACAGGCAAUUGGUUUUGCCCUUCUAUAUCAACAGAAUUCCAUCAAAUUUUAGAAUUAUAAAAGCCAGUAAGGGUCUACUUACGCCUUUGAAAAACCAAGGUUGUAUCCUUCAAGGCUUUCAAAGCUGUCGUCGCUGAAAUGUUAAAAAAGACGCGAUCGAGGAGUCAGGGAGUUCUUCCGCUUGACUCUCACAAAAGAUGUCCAAAUCCUUGCAGAAUAAUUUUUUUUUUUUUGUGGCCCAAUCAUAGAGUCAAU